AUGGAAGGUACUUUCUUUCCAUCCAGACCAGCAUAUCCCCUUCCAACAAACAGACCAAUACAACCAAGCCCUCCUGUGAAAUUCAAUUCAACAACAUUGCCACCCCCUCCUCAGACUCCAUCUCCUCCAUUUCCUAUUGACUCCCUUCUCCAGCACCUUCUGAGCCUCUCUUCACCACCCAACACUCGCCCCAAGCUCAAACCUUUAAACCCACCUCAUCAAACCAAUGGCAAUUUCCCUUCUCUUCAAAUUUCAGUUGAUUCAACCCCAAAACAGCAUCAUCAACUGAAGAAACCCGCUUCAAUUUUGGUCCCAAAUUUUGAGGACGAUAAAGUAGAGGUGAAACCAGAAGAUGGGCUUCUUGACUUUUUGACAAUAAAGGGUAAGUUGAUGUUCAGUUCCAUUGUAGAGCAGCCUUUGCAUAGUUUGAAUGAUUUCUUUGAUUCUGCUAAGUUUGAGUUGUUUGAAGUUGAUUUGAUUAGUCUCUUGAAAGCAUUGGACCUCUCCGGCAAUUGGGAAAGAGCCCUUUUGUUGUUCGAAUGGAUUCUGUCCAACUUAAGCACAGAAAAUUUGAAAUUAAAUAAUCCGAUGAUUGAACUAAUGGUUAGAAUUCUUGGUAGAGAGUCACAGCAUACGAUUGCAUCAAAAUUGUUUGAUGUGAUUCCUAUAGAGAAAUACUCAUUAGAUGUUCGAGCUUACACGACUAUCAUUCACGCUCAUUCUCGUACUGGCAAGUAUGAACGUGCAAUUGACCUGUUUAACAAAAUGGUGGAGAUUGGUCUCUCACCAACUUUGGUCACAUACAAUGUCAUGCUUGAUGUUUAUGGGAAGAUGGGUCGAUCUUGGAAUAAAAUUUUAGGCCUCUUGGAGGAGAUGAGGAGCAAAGGAUUUGAAUUUGAUGAGUUUACUUGUAGAACUGUUACCUACAAUGCUUUGUUACAAGUUUUCGGCAAGGCGGGGGUAUUUACAGAGGCCUUGAGUAUAUUAAAAGAAAUGGAGGACAACAAUUGCCCACCUGAUGCUGUUACUUACAAUGAGCUUGUGGCAGCUUAUGUGAGGGCAGGAUUCUCUGAGGAAGGUGCAUCUGUCCUAGAAACCAUGACCCAAAAAGGAACAAUGCCAAAUGCUGUUACAUACACGACUGUGAUAAAUGCAUAUGGUAAAGCUGGAAAGGAGGAAGAGGCUCUAAGGUUGUUCAACCAUAUGAAGGCGACAGGCUGUGUUCCUAAUGUUUGUACCUACAAUGCUAUCCUUGGAAUGCUCGGAAAAAAAUCACGACCAGAGGAGAUGAUAAUGCUGCUUUGUGAUAUGAAGGCAAGUGGAUGCGCCCCCAACCGUAUUACCUGGAACACAAUGCUUGCCAUGUGUGGUGAUAAGGGUAGGCACAAGUAUGUGAAUCGGGUAUUUCGAGAAAUGAAGAAUUGUGGUUUUGAGCCUGACAGGGACACAUUUAAUACCUUGAUCAGUGCAUAUGGACGGUGUGGGUCGGAAAUAGAUGCUGCACAGAUGUACGAUGAGAUGAUCAAAGCAGGAUUUACUCCAUGCGUUACAACUUACAAUGCACUUCUAAAUGCUCUGGCUCGGCGAGGGGACUGGAAAGCAGCAGAAUCUGUUGUUGUAGACAUGAGAAGUAAGGGCUUCAAGCCUAAUGAAACCUCAUAUUCAUUGAUGAUCAACUGCUAUGCUAAGGGAGCGAAUGUGAAGGGGAUAGAGAGAAUUGAGAGAGAAAUUUAUGAUGGUCAUAUUUUUCCUAGCUGGGUUCUUUUAAGAACUCUUGUUCUUGCAAACUUCAAGUGUAGAGCACUGAAGGGUAUGGAGAGGGCAUUCCAGAAAUUGCAGAGCAAUGGAUACAAACCUGACUUGGUUCUAUACAAUUCGAUGCUUUCAAUUUUUGCUAGAAACAACAUGUAUGACCGGGCGAAUGACAUGUUGUACAUGAUUCGUGAAAACGGCCUUCAGCCAGAUCUUGUAACCUACAAUAGCUUGAUGGACAUGUAUGCCAGAAAGGGAGAGUGUUGGAAAGCAGAAGAAAUACUUAUGGCCCUACAAAAAUCUGGUGGGAAACCAGACCUAGUCUCUUAUAACACUGUCAUUAAAGGGUUUUGCAGGCAAGGGCACAUGCAGGAGGCCAUAAGAAUUCUCUCCGAGAUGACAGCCAGAGGGAUUCGGCCGUGUAUCUUUACCUACAAUACUUUUAUCACAGGCUAUGCAGGGCAGGGAAUGUUCUCAGAAAUAGAUGAAGUGAUUAGCUAUAUGACUCAGAACAAUUGCAAGCCCAAUGAGCUAAGCUACAAGAUUGCAGUGGAUGGUUAUUGUAAAGCAAGAAAGUAUAAAGAAGCCAUGGACUUUCUCUCAAAGAUUAAGGAGAUUGAUAAUUCUUUUGAUGAUCAAUAUGUGCAAAGACUUGCUUCCCGCAUUAGGGGUAAUUUGGAAUCAUAA